AAAAUUUACAAUAAUUGAAACUCGACUUCUCUUCUUCUCUUCUCGAUUUCAACUUGAAUCAAUACUCUCCGAGAGGUAGAGAGAAAGGGAUCGCCUUUUCUCACUCUCUGCGUUUUUCAAUUUCGUGGAAAGAAAUGGAUUCAUGACUUGCCAAUUUGACAUGUUGAUGAAAUGUUAAUACUGAAUGGAUUAACUUAUUUGACUCAAAUCUGUCAAGGAAGCCAAAGUGUCAGGAGAAGAACUUCUGCGGAGGGUCCUUUUGCACUUAUAAUUCUCCAUGGCAAGUAAUGAGAACCUACCACCCAAUGUUAUCAAGCAGCUCGCCAAGGAACUGAAGAGUCUUGAUGAAUCCCCUCCAGAUGGCAUCAAGGUUGUGGUAAAUGACGAGGAUUUCUCACAAAUAUGUGCUGAUAUCGAAGGACCAGUUGGGACUCCUUAUGAGAAUGGACUUUUCCGUAUGAAGUUGGCAUUGUCGCAUGAUUUCCCACAUUCGCCGCCUAAAGGCUACUUCAUGACAAAGAUCUUCCAUCCCAAUAUUGCUUCUAAUGGAGAAAUCUGUGUUAAUACGCUUAAAAAAGAUUGGAACCCUAGUCUUGGAUUAAGACACGUUCUCUCUGUUGUGAGGUGUCUACUGAUCGAGCCAUUUCCAGAAUCUGCAUUAAAUGAACAGGCUGGCAAGAUGCUACUUGAGAACUAUGAAGAGUAUGCUAGGCAUGCUCGGCUUUACACGGGUAUCCAUGCUAAACAAAAACCCAAGUUCAAGACAGGAGCUAUCUCAGAGUCAACGAUGGCUCUAAAUGUUGGCCAGACAAACAACGAGACGCCUGGUGCUGCUAUUGCAAUACCCUCUUCAAUGGCUGACAUCAAGAGAGUAACAACAACGAGUGCCCAAGACCAACAAGUGGCUAACGUUUCUCUCACAGCGGCCACUGCAGGUUCUGCAAGUGUGGUCAGUACGACACAGAAAAGGGAAGCCGGUUUGGCCAAGGUUCAGGCAGACAAGAAGAAGGUAGACGCUAGAAAGAAAAGCUUGAAGAGACUAUGAUGAUGCUUCUUCCUCUCUCACUCAGUGUCUCAAAGUUCCUAGAACCGGAAUUGUUGGUUUUUUUUAUUUUACUUGUGUUGUUGUCUGAGGAUUUCUCAUUCUGGGAAAUAAUAAUGUUUGCCAAUGAAGUCGAAUGUUAAACAUUUUGGUAAAUCUAAUCUACAAUCUUAGAUAAGA